AUGGAGGACAGAACUACUGACAGGAUACAGCGAUGGAGGACAGAACUACCGACAGGAUACAGCGAUGGACAGAACUACCGACAGGAUACAGCGAUGGAGGACAGAACUACCGACAGGAUACAGCGAUGGACAGAACUACCGACAGGACACAGUGAUGGAGGACAGAACUACCGACAGGAUACAGCGAUGGAGGACAGAACUACAGACAGGAUACAGCGAUGGAGGACAGAACUACUGACAGGAUACAGCGAUGGAGGACAGAACUACUGA